CCCCAUCCCGCUCCGUCCGGCUUUAAACCCUAGCUGCUACCAGAGCCGCCUCUCCUCCUCCACGGUCGCCGCCACCCGCCGCCGCCGCCGUUCCGAUGGAGUUCUGGGGCAUCGAGGUUAAGCCUGGACAGUCGGUCAAGGUCUCACCUGAAGAUGACCACUUCCUGCACAUCUCUCAGGGUGCCUUUGGUGAGGUCAAGAAAGACGACAAGGCGACCAUGUUCGUGAAGGUGGACGACCAGAAGCUGUCCAUUGGGACCCUGUCUACUGACAAGUUCCCCCAGAUCCCGUUCGACCUGGUCUUCGAGAAGGAGUUUGAGCUCUCGCACACCUCCAAGUCCUCCAGUGUCUUCUUCUCCGGGUACAUGGUUUUCCAGCCGGCUGAAGGAGACGAGAUGGAUUUUGACUCUGAAGAAGAAUCUGAAGAUGAACAGGUGGAGGAGAAAAUCGUUCCGGCCACCAAGGAAAAUGCCAAAGCUGAAGCAAAGGACAAGAAGCCAAAACAAGUCAAGAUUGAGCCUGCUGCUGCGAAACCAAUCUUUGGAAAGAGUAAGAAGGAUGAAGACAGUGAUGAUGAUGAUGAGAGUGAUGAUGAGAGCGAUGAUGAUUCCGAGGGACAGUUGAUUCCUAUUGGAAGCGAUGAUUCUGAUGAUAGCUCUGAAGAGGAUGAUGAGAGUGAUGAUGAGGAGGAAGAAGAAACACCCAAGAAGCCAGAGACUGGGAAGAAGAGGGCAGCUGAAAGUGUGUUGAAGACGCCUGCUUCCGACAAGAAGGCAAAGGUUGCAACACCGUCUGGUCAGAAGACAGGUGACAAGAAGGGGGCUGUCCAUGUGGCCACUCCGCACCCUGCAAAGAAGGCAGGCAAGACCCCUGCAACAAAUGAGAAGUCACCCAAAUCUGGUGGGUCUGUCGCGUGCAAGUCCUGCCCCAAGACCUUCAACAGUGAGAAUGCUCUGCAAGCCCACUCGAACGCCAAGCACAAGGCUGCCGCCUAGUGAGAGAGGAUGGCUCCAGAUCCUGUUAUCUACUGCGUUAGGUUUAUCUUGUCUUGUCCCCCCCUUAGAAAGAAACCGUUGAGUGACAAACCGUUUAGUAGCCAUGUGGUGAAAUGAACCAAGAAGAAAAAGACAAUUCUGUUAUGCUGUUGGAAUUCGAAUUGGAUGUGGUUGGUGGUAAUGGUUAUUUGAAUGGAACCUCAUGGUGGUUUUA